CUCGCUGCCAGCGCUAAAACUCUUCAUGAGACGUCAUGCGAACUGUUUCUAUGCAAAACUAGGACACGGGUCGUGAUGUGACACAUUGAUUGUAUCACGCAUCCCUCAAGACCGUCCACACACGUCCGAUUUUCACAAGGAGUUAGGUGUUGCAUUGCAACGCUAGCUAACGGGUGUCCUGCAAAUGCAUCUCAACGCGGGUCACAUGGCCGUCGUGUGUCCAGUCACUCCCGCUUCCGCUCGUGAUGACGUUUAUUCGAGUGAAAUAUGGGUAGUCAGGUCGACAACUCGCCCUACGCACAGAGAUAUGUGGACUUCAUUUCGCCCAAUCUCUUACCUAUAAGUAUCUCGAAGUUCGCCCAGUUGUCUGGCAUCUUUGUGAUCCUGUCUCUCCUUCUUUCGGUGUCUCUGCCUAGUAAACAUGAACACACUAAUAUCUGUCCUUUACUACUUUGGUGUCAUAGGCCUCGUAACUGCCCUCCGUCCGUCACUCAUUGCAAGGCAGGAUGGACCAACUUCUGUCUCUUGCCUCUCCCUCCGAAACAGCUGUAACGCAACCACGGUUGAUUUCAGCAACUUUUACAACUACACGUCAUGUUUCCUCUUAACUGCAUGUUCAUCAGACGUUGAGAACCCUGCGCAAGUCCUCGAUGCAUCUGGCGCGCCUGCGACCCAACCCCGGCUGACUGACACCGUUUUCUAUGCCAUGUCAAAAGGGAAUUCAUACAUGACGCAACAAAACUACAUUGAUGCGUAUUAUAAUCAAAUUUCCAUCACUCCCGGCGGCUCCUACCCUGACGAUGUCACUUAUAUUAUUGAUCAAUGGAUGGCCAUCGCUGCUUGGACCGGUUUCUGCGCCACCGGAAACAUUCCUUACACAAGCCUUGCUGACUGGCUUGAGUAUUCAUCUGUCCCUGGAGUAUGCCCCUCAGUGGCAUCGUGCAACGCUACCAUAGCGGCGUCAUCCAUCCCAUGUGUCCCUCAACCGGCAGCAGACAAUGGUUCAUGCGCUGAAAUGGUUGCCCAAUGUCAACUUUGGGUGACCCAGGGCCUCUUCCAAAAUGAAUACUGCGUCCUCGCGAGUUUCUGCUAUGCGUGGAGCGACACUGAUGUUCUGUUGCAAAAUGAAUACCCGUCCUAUAUCUCCCCAACGCCCAAGACUAGUCAAGAGGCGACGCUUUCCGAAGCAGUAUUCUAUAAUAUGACAGGUGGAGCAGCGUUGAUGACUGAACAGAACGCGGUCGAUGCAUACUAUGCAGGCUUGACAGGCACAUGGAAAUCCCUCGGUGGACCUUUUGGCGCAGAGACGUCCCAGAAAACCAACAACAAUGGGCCUUAUCCUACCGCUGUUGAUUAUGUCGUUGAGUUCUGGGGUAUCAUCAGCGCAUGGACCGGUUUUUGCGAUACACGCGCUAUCCCGUAUGCAAACCUAGCGAAUUAUCUCACCUAUGCAGCCACCAGUGGCUAUCAUCCAACUUGUUAGGGGGAAAUCGAGUCCCAAUACGGACUCUGACCUGCGGAUACAAAAUCAUCUCGAAU